ACUCUGCUCUGAAAGUAAAGCACAAGAGAAAAAAAGAAGAAGAUCCCUAUAAGUCUAUAACCCUCACACUCCCUCUCUCUCUUCUCUCUCUCUCUGAAAUCCAAGGCUCUGCCUUUUCUCUGUGGCGCCCAGAAAACCUGGGUUUUGAAGAUUUGGGAUGGAAAAUGGUGAUGGGAUUGUAAGUGGGUCUGACGCGGGUGGGAGGAAGGUGGAGGUUUUUGAGGAGAAGGUUGUAAAGGAUUCUAAUGGCGUUAGGGAUGAUGUGGAGGAAGAGGUGUUUGAGGAGGCGGUAGGGACCGGGGCUGUCGGUGACAGUCCUCGUGCCGAGGAUUUUGAGGAGGCCAUUGAGGUUCUGGAUGAUGCUGGAAAAAGCAAGGAGGAGGAGGAGGAGGAGGAGGAAGAGGAGGAGAGUGUGGAGAAUGGUGGGGGGCAAGUAGAAAACGCGGUGGGUGGGGAUGGUGUUGAUGGGGGUGCAGGUACCCGUGGAGUUGAUGUGGAAGAGCUCAAUGCAUCGAAGGGAUUGGCAGAUGAAGAGUUGGUGGGUGCCCUAGAAGAUGCGAUAAAAGAUGGCUCUGAGGAUGGUGCUGAUGGACAAGUAGCAGUUUUGACAGGUGAGAAUCCAGUUGACCAAGUGCAGUGUGAGAAUCACGAUUCUAAAUCAAAUGGAUUGAUGAAUGAUGAGUUGUUGGAUGCAGCGAACCAGGGGAUUGAUGGGGAUGGAGAAAUACCAAUGUUGACAAAUAUGGACGAGGUUGAUGUAACGCCUGUUGAAGUUGCUGAGAAUGAGAAGUCUGAGAAGGACAAGCUGGAUAACUCAGAUUUGGAGGUAGUGCCUACAGGUGAAAAAUUAGAGAAUGAAGGUGCCAAUCUUGAUUCUACUAGAGUCACCGAGUUUAAUAUGGAAGAUUUGAAGGAAGCUGGAACAGAUGAUCAGGAUAAGAGGAUUGUUGAUUUGGUAGAUACUUCUGUUGGUACUACUAUAAAGCUUGAAGGUGAUAAGGGUGUGGAAUUGCAAGAAAGAAAGAUGGAGCCUGAGCAUACAGAAUGUGAGAGUACUGACUCAAAAGAUGCUAUGUUUCUCACUGAAGCAAGGCAAGUGCAUAAUAAAAUUGAAGAACUGAGAGCCACUUUCACUUGUACAGAUGCAGAAGAUCAGGACUCAAUCAAAUUGAAAAGCGCGUCCUCUGUACUUGAUUCGGAGCAUGAUGUGGAAACAUCUGAACUUAAAGACAUUCCUUCUGAACAACAGCUGUCAGGGGUAGAACCUGUAGCAUCUGAAAUGGCCGGCUCAGCUUUUUGUAGAAGUCCUACAACUGACGAAAAAGAGAAGGUUCAGGCUGGUGACACUGAUUCAAGAUCAGAAAAUAUCAAGGAUGAUGAACCUACGCGAGCUGAUGAGGUUGCUCGUGUAGUUUCCAACAAUGGUUCUGUGCCGGAGGAGCCUGAAAAGAGGGAAAACAAUCAUGUAGAGAAGGGUAGCAACAGAAUGAAUAGAGUACAGGAGGCCCAGCAUACACCAGCUCAUGGUUCCUCUGGAAAUUCUACAAACACCACUCCUAUUCCUGCUCGUCCAGCUGGCCUUGGGCGUGCUGCGCCGCUUUUGGAACCUGUACCUAGGGCGAUACAGCAGCCUAGGGUAAAUGGUACAGUAUCUCAUGCACAAAACCAGCAAAUUGACGAUCCCGUUAAUGGAGAGGUAGAGGAGUCGGAUGAGACUCGUGAAAAGCUUCAGAUGAUCAGAGUGAAAUUUUUGCGCCUUGCACAUAGGCUUGGGCAGACUCCACAUAAUGUUGUGGUGGCUCAGGUUUUGUACAGACUGGGGUUAGCUGAGCAGCUGCAUGGGAGAAGUGGGGGUCGUGUUGGUGCCUUUAGUUUUGACCGAGCAAGUGCUAUGGCAGAGCAGCUAGAGGCAUCUGGGAAUGAACCCCUUGAUUUCUCUUGUACAAUUAUGGUUCUUGGAAAGUCGGGAGUUGGUAAAAGUGCCACCAUCAAUUCUAUAUUUGAUGAAGUGAAGUUCAAUACUGAUGCUUUUCAGAUGGGGACAAAGAAGGUUCAGGAUGUUGUGGGUACUGUGCAAGGGAUCAAGGUAAGGGUCAUCGACACACCUGGUCUUCUUCCUUCCUGGUCAGACCAACGUCAGAAUGAGAAGAUUCUGCUUGCUGCUAAGCGAUUUAUCAAGAAAACUCCUCCAGAUAUUGUGUUGUACCUUGAUAGGUUGGACAUGCAGAGCAGAGAUUCAAGUGACAUGCCACUCUUGCGCACAAUCACGGAGAUUUUUGGGGCGACUAUAUGGUUUAAUGCUAUUGUGGUUCUGACUCAUGCUGCAUCAGCUCCGCCUGAGGGCCCAAAUGGUGCUCCUUCUAGUUAUGACAUAUUUGUCACUCAACGAUCUCAUGUUGUCCAGCAAGCCAUUCGUCAGGCGGCUGGGGAUAUGCGCCUUAUGAACCCUAUUUCCUUGGUAGAGAACCACUCUGCCUGCAGGACCAACAGAGCUGGGCAAAGAGUCUUGCCAAAUGGUCAGGUUUGGAAGCCCCAUUUGUUAUUGCUCUCUUUUGCAUCCAAGAUUCUUGCUGAAGCUAAUGCACUAUUAAAGUUGCAAGAUAGUCCUCCUGGAAGAACUUUCGCACCUCGAUCUAGGGCACCUCCAUUACCUUUCCUUCUUUCCUCUCUCCUUGUGUCAAAACCGCAGUUGAAGCUGCCUGAGGAUCAAUUUGGUGAUGAGGAUGGUGCAGAUGAUGAUCUGGAUGAGUCUUCAGAUUCUGAAGAUGAAUCAGAAUUUGAUGAAUUACCACCAUUCAAACGCUUGACUAAGGCCCAGGUGGAGAUACUCUCAAAAGCUCAGAAAAAAGCAUAUUUUGAUGAGUUGGAGUAUAGAGAGAAGCUUUUCAUGAAGAAACAAUUGAAGGAGGAGAAAAAGCGUCGAAAGUUCAUGAAAAAAAUGGCGGCUGCAGCAAAGGAUCUACCAACUGACUAUGGUGAAACUGUAGAGGAAGAAAGUGCAAGUGCAGCAUCUGUACCCGUUGCCAUGCCAGAUUUGCCCUUGCCUGCUUCAUUUGAUUCAGAUAAUCCCACUCACCGUUAUCGAUAUCUAGAUUCUUCCAACCAGUGGCUUGUAAGACCUGUUCUAGAAACUCAUGGUUGGGAUCAUGAUGUUGGUUAUGAGGGCAUAAAUGCAGAAAGAUUGUUCGUCCUAAAUGGCAAUAUUCCCUUAUCCUUUUCUGGCCAGGUCACAAAAGAUAAGAAGGAUGCCAAUGUCCAAAUGGAACUAGCUAGUUCAGUAAAGCAUGGGGAAGGGAAAGCAAGUUCAGUAGGACUUGAAAUGCAGACUGUUGGAAAGGACUUGGCUUAUACUUUUCGAGGCGACACAAGGUUCAGUAAUUUUAGGAAGAAUAAAGCAAGUGCUGGUGGUUCAGUGACUCUCUUGGGUGAUGCUCUAUCGGUUGGGUUGAAAAUUGAAGACAAAUUCAUUCCCCAUAAACGGUUCCAGUUGGUUAUGAUAGGUGGUGCUAUGACUGCUCGUGGUGAUGUUGCUUAUGGUGGAAGUUUGGAGGCUCAGUUAAGAGACAAAGAUCAUCCGCUGGGUCGUUCACUAUCAACUUUGGGGCUUUCUGUGAUGGAUUGGCAUGGAGAUCUUGCUAUCGGAGGUAAUUUACAGACUCAGAUUCCUGUUGGGCGGCAUACAAACCUUAUAGCUCGUGCGAAUUUAAACAAUAGGGGAGCAGGACAAGUGAGCAUCCGCUUAAAUAGUUCUGAACAGCUUCAAAUAGCUUUGAUUGGUCUCAUUCCUCUGCUUAGAAAGUUGUUCACUUACCCUGAAUAGCUGCAGUAGGGACAAUGAUGAAAAUUAGAUCAAUAACUGUGAAGCAGCAGCCUUGCGGAAAUAGGUCGUCAGCAAGAGUUGAGAGAGGAUAUCAUAAUGUGAUACUAAGCUGCUGGUUCUACCCAUAUCAAUCUGGAAGUGUUUCUAUUGAUCACAGUGAGAUUUUGAGCUUCUUUAUUAGAUACUGGCAGUUGGUAAAUUUUGUUCUUGUUAAGGUACUUAGGUACUGGACCCAAUGUUGCUUAUUCUGAAAUCUGGCCUUUGUCUUUAUUCCCUAUGGGUGUGAAAAUUCGUUUACAUAGGCAAAAUAGAAUCAGGCCUCUCUUCCAAUUCCUUUGCAUAUACAGGUUCAACAUCUGUUCGUCAUUUCACAUGGACUUGAUAUUAGUUUGUAUUGCUUCAGCUAGUUAUUUGAAUUACGAGUGUUUUGAAAGCAA